GGCCCGGCUCCGUUUCCGGUUGUGUUGGGGCAUGGCGGGGGAUGGCGGCGUGGCUGCCUCUCGGGAGCUGUUGGCCGUGGGGCUCCGAGGAGGUCUGGAAGAAACGUUGUUGAUCAGAUCAAAAUGCAGCAGCAAGGAGGCCACAGCCUUACAGACAGUGAGGAUGCCGAGGAGUAGCCUUUUGGACCGAGUACAGAGCUUUUUACCACAGAUGGCCCAUGCAAAUGAUGAGCUAAGAAGAAAAAUGAUUACAGCACCAGCUCAUCAGUUUGAUAUUGAAAAUCUAGACAGUGCAACAGAAAAAGUUAUAGAAAUGAAUGUGGCUGUAGUUGAACUGAGUGAUUCUGAUACAGAUGAAGAGAUAUUAACUUCAGAAGAUGACUCUGAAUCUGAAGAUGACUCUAUAGCUGGCGAAGUGACAAUAGACAACAUUAAGUUUCCUAAACAAAAGAGAGAAAAAGGCAAAAUAGAAAUUCUGGACAGCAAAGUGAAUGAGUAAAUCUAUUUUAUUUUACAAAAAAAAAAAAAUAAAUUAACCAAACCAAACUCACCGGAAACCCCAAAUCAUGUUUCUUACUUUGAAGACUUGGCCCUUAAAAACACCUUGUUUCCUGAUGUAGCGUCCCUCAGAAUCAUGUGAAAUGUCGUAGUUUACGUGGUGGACAAUUUAGGAUCCACUCAUGACUGGCUGGAUUUCUAAAGAACUAAGUACAGUUUUAUUCAUUGAGCAACAUGGAAGUUAAUUUCAUAGCAGAUUAGACUAAGAAAGCAGCUAACAUUUGCGGCACUUAGAGCUAGUUAAGUUAAAAUUAUUGUUCUGUUGCUUUGUUGAAGAAAGGUUGUUGAAGGAAGAUUUUUGUAGUGUGCUGGAAGAGGUUUUUGCUUCAAGGUCAGGGAAAAGUUAACUAAGAAAAAAAGCUUUGUUUUUUAUAUCCCAUAUCCCAUAAAGUGUUAUGCACAAUGCUUCAAUAUUAAACAGUAUCUUGAAGUGCGAUAGAGGUAUGUUUACAUUGCAUUCACGGCAGUGACUGUUGAACACUAAAGCAACAGCUGAGUAUUUCAAGGUGAGCUGGCAUGGGUAAGGGCAGCCAUGGCUCUAAAGAGAGGUCAGCAAAGGAUUAUUUACGUUUUUUGCCUGCACUGAAGUCCCUGUCAUUAUAGGUAGUCUGCUAGCUCCUAUCUGGAACAUUUGUGGCUGUAGUGUAGAUACCCUCAGUACUUAAACAGUCAAGUCUGCUGCUGUGGUAUUACAAUUGCUUUAAGCUACACUUUUUGUGUCCCAUUUUCCCUGCCACAUUUAUGUCCUCUCCAUUCUGUCACUGCCAGAAGAAAAAAAGCUACAUUUUCAGCUGGCCUAUACUUAGGUUAGCUUGAAACAGUUGUAAAAACUAAAAUCAGUGAAAGUAUGUCUCAUUCAUACUUACCUCAGAUUGAUCAAAUACAGUUAUUUAGGCUGUUGUAUUUACAACAUAAAACAGUUUGCAUUUCAGAAGUAUCUGUUGUGCUCCUGAAUGUCAUUGUUUGUUUAUUAAAGGAACUUUUUAUCCUAUACACCAUUAAAAUUUUCUAUAUUGUA